AUGUGGAGGGCGGUGCAGCUAGGUUUGAUACUUUGGUGCGUGGAGGGAGCUCGCGGGAUCAUGUGCUACAACUGCUCCACGACUCAUGAGGUGUCCUCGGCGUGCGCUGGCGACUUCGCCCCGCCGUACCAGCCCUUCAACGCCACGCGGGUCUUGCUCGCCAACUGUACUGGAGAAAACGCGAUGUGCUUCGUGCGGUCGUGGCGGGCGCGCGCGAACCACGCGUGGAUCGUGCAGCGCGGCUGCUACCACGGCACGGGGCCCCACGAUCCUGUCCUGAGGCUUCUGAACAAACCCACCAGAGCCAUGACCUGCACGCAACGCAGAUUAAUUGAAGCGGAAUACAAAGUGUGUCUUUGUCGAUCAAACUGGUGCAACUCUGCGUUUUCGAAUGAUGUAUCAAUGUCAUUUUUGGUUUAUAUUUCGAUUUUAUUGUACGUGAAUUAUUUAUUUAAUGUCAUUUGUAUUAACGAAUCGUCGCAGGCCCUCCGUCAUAUUUCCUUGUAG